GAUGAAGUCAUCGAGUUAAUCUUCUAUGAGCUCGACGACCCAACCGCUCUAAUACUAACGUCGAAACACUUUCACAAUGUGUCUCAAGACCCAUAUGUCCGAGCGCACUACUUUCUCAACCGUUAUGGUCGCUUGGAUGCUAUGUUUUGGGCUUUGGGGAGAGGGAAGAUUAUGACUGACAAAGUCAUCGACAUCCUAAUCAGUAGUGGCGCAUAUGUAUCCAGAUAUCUUGUCCAAGUCGCCAUACACCAUUAUUUUAGGUCCGCAAACCAUUUCAUAAAGACCGCAUGGGUUCGCAACAUGUCGAUUGCCGUUUUCGCUCAUUUCAUGAAGGUCGCUUGCGGGUUAUUCGAUGAAGUGCCGUUGGGGAAGAACGAGGAUGAUGGUUAUUUCUUCCAUGUGUUUUUGAAAGAGAGCAGGCUUCCGCCAGAUAUGAAGAGCACCAAGUGGGAGACGGUGCGGGAUAUAUUUGGCAAGUAUAAGUUCAUCCCGUUCAGCAUGAAGGACCCUCUUAUGGUUCAAUUGCCGAUCGCUCUCGCUAUUGAGCCGAGACUGCUUCCCUAUGCUGAAGCCAAUGGAUUCCAUAUGGACACCAAGUACCGCGAUUUCGUCUUCCGUAAGAUGUUUGAGAAGAUGGCGCUUAAUAACGGCGAACGCUCCGAUGACAUUCUCAGAAACGUGCGUGAGCUGCGACGUCUUGAUAGUCGGAUGUUCCUGAGUCGCACAGUAGCAGCUGAGAUCUGCAUGGAAUCAAAGAGCAAUGAGUCGGCUUACCGUGCACUCAAGACCCUCGACCGUACCAAGGAGUUACUAUUCGAUCUCUCCACCGUCGUCGCCGAGUUGAUCAAGCUAUUUGCCAAGACACGCUCUAUCACUUCCCCCUAUACCAUCAAUGUCCUCAGACAUCUUUACGCCGACUUCCCUAGUACAGACCCAACAGUCCGCAUCGUCAUGCUCCUGACAGCGUGUUUGCUGGAUAACGUCCUGGUUCAGCCAAACCCCUCAGGCACAUUGAAAGGCAAACUAGAACCUCUGGGUUUACUCCCGCUGACGAGAAAGGAUAUUGUGGACAUCUUGACGAAUCCAUUCGUUGAGAAACAUUCAGCCCUCGUUGACUUUGCGAAGGAUGAAAUGAAUCUAGGGUCGAGCGAAAUCAAAGACAUCCUCCAAGAAGUUGCCGUGAAGUGCCUCAAGAUUGGCAGUAAGGGGAAGACGCUCAAGAAACUCGUCGACUGUCAUCCUUAUCUUCAUGCGGUAUUGCAGGAAAAUGCGGUCCGGCGAUAUGCGAUUAAUCUGGACGAUCUUCCUCGGUAUGACGACGAAGAGGCAUGUGCUGCAUAUGAAGCCCCACUAUGUAGAGACUUCAACACCAACUCGAAAGCCACACGGAAUAACUCUGGGAUGGCUAGCGUUAAUUCGGCAGCCUCAAAUGCUUCGGGGGUUCCUGCUGAAAUUGGGGAUGGAAUUGCUAUGGAUGAUCGUGAGAUGUACGAGGAUGAAAGUGGGACUGUUGAAGCCGAAACCGGGGAUACGUCAGAAUUGGGGAUCAUCGGUCAGGAUACAUUGUCCUCUAUGAUUCGACAGGACGAAAUGGCUCCCACGCGAUCUCGCAGGCGGUCUCUUUAUUUCAGCUACUUUGGACCUGACACUACUGGAAAGCUCGGAUACCCAAUAGAUUUCAUUCAAGUCGGUCGAUGGGUCAAAGAACGAUAUCCCGUCCGAAGUGCAAUGGCUGCCACGUUCCUGACCCACGCUGUGAUCAAUAACAAUACAACUCUCCUCCAUGGAUUUUUCACAUGUAGUACCCCCUCGACUAACUAUGUUUCAACAUCACAACAUGUACCAGUAACACUCAAGCAUUUCAGGCUCCUUGCACGCCUUGGUAAAGCACCAAAUUGGUGUCUAUACCAUGAGAUUGAGAACGGCGCUGAGUUCUACUUUUCUGAAGACGACUAUCUUUCGAAACAACCACCAGCCUCGGAACCGAAGAGGUAUAGCAAGGUGAAAGUCAAGUCGAAGGAGGCCAGUCCCACCAUCCCUCGUUUCUUCGGCCAAUCUGGUCCUUCAAAGGUGCAAGUGUCUCCACGACCGAGUAAACGGAGACCGCGGCGCUCUGCGGCGGCUGUUAUGUCUUACGUCAUCCCAGAUUCUGAUGAUGAGGCUAUCGUUGAGGAUGAUGACGACAAUGCCGUCGUCGUCCUGAUGACAAUGCAGGCUAAGAAGCGGAAGGUGGAGUCGAAUCUUCAGCGGUGGAUCAAGCAUUUGUCAGUGCUACUGGCCGAGGAGCAGAAAAAGUACAAGGAAAAGCGAAAGCGCCUUGAGAAGAGUGCGCCGGCCGAGGGAAGACGUCGUGUUGCGAAGAGCGAGUUUCAUAAAUCAUUGAUGGUCAAUCUUCGCUCUCUACGGAAACUCGACCUAGAUAAACGAAAGCAACUUUACGGUCCAGACGCGGCGGAAGACGAUUAUUUCACCGAAGAUGAUGGUGAUGAUGAGUAUCGGCAACGGACAACGCGCGCUAACAAGAGGCGGCGUGUGACUUCGUAGCUAUUAGUCUCGGAACUCUGCCCAUUAUGUUUAUAUCACUAUAUGUGUGCUCGUCGCACGUUACGCACAUACUAAUAUCGCAUCGCAUCACACUACCAAUUACCUUACAUUCCUUCGGAAAGUCGUUUAAUUGAUGCUUAGAUGACACGGAGCAAUAUGUUCAGAUUCGAUACCUGUAGCGUACAGAGCGAUCGCCCAGCCUGAUUCUGUCUUCCUCGGUUUCUUCCUUUGCUUCGCCCUUUGACAACAAACGAUCUCGCCUCCUGU